AAUAAUAUAACAGUUGCUGCAAUAUUCUAUCAAUUAGAAGCCUAUCUACCUCAGUUCAGGGGUAAGGUUAUUUCUUCCUCCCUCUUCACCAGUAACAAUACUCUUCAUCUCUCUGGGUACUACUCUCCCUCCAGUCUUUUGGGAUUUAGGAUAAAAAGAAAGAAAGAGAGAGACUCUCAAGGUUAAUUGUUUCUUGUUUUAGAAAGAUAAUGAACCACCAACACCAUUUUGUUCCUGACUUCGAGACAGAUGAUGAUUAUGUCAACGCUAACACAAACCCUUCUUCUUCAAAUCUUGCAAGAAAACCCAUCAUGUAAAGGUGAACAAGAAGAAGAUGGUGAUCUCAUGGAGCUUCUAUGGCACAACGGUCAAGUAGUUCUCCAUAAUCAAAGACCCAACGCCAAGAAACAACCUCCUCCUCCUCCUCCUUCUUCUUCUUCUGCUCCUCCCCCAGCGUUAGAUCAUAAUCUCUUCAUCCAGGAAGACGAAAUGAGCUCUUGGCUUCAUUAUCCUCUCCGUGACGACGAUGAUUUCUGCUCAGAUCUUUUCUUACCCGCCGAGAGACAGACCUCGAAUCAGGUCGUCACCGCCGCCAGGCCACCGGUACCUUCGACUGUGAGGCCGCCGGAAGCGUCGUCUAUGAGGCCACCAGCACCUUUGCCGUCGUCUGUGAGGCCUCCGGUACGGAAUUUCAUGAACUUCUCGAGGCUGAGAGGAGAUUUCACCGGUAGAGGAGGAGAAUCUGGACCGUCGGUUUCCAAGUCGACUGUGAGAGAAUCGACGCAAGUAAGCGCCACACCAGCGAGGGAAUCCGAUCUAACACGGCGGACAGACGGCAUUGGCAGUCGAGGGACGGUUGAUUUGGCAUCCAGAUCCGCCGUAGAUGGAGGCGGCGGCGCGUAUACUGUCGGACAUAAUCGGAAGGGAAAGGCGGUGGUCACGACGGAGCCGAGGAAUGAGAAUCCAGCAGGUGCAUCGUCUUCUCUUGCGUCCAAGAGUGAAAUCGAGCCGUUUAACGAGACGACGAUCGUGGACGAGAGGAAACGAAAGGAGAGAGAAGCCAUUGACGAGACCGAGGAGGAGGCUAAGCAAGGACGUGGAUCAACAUCGACAAAGAGAUCUCGAGCUGCUGAAGUUCAUAAUCUCUCUGAAAGGAAACGGAGAGAUAGGAUCAACGAGAGGAUGAAAGCUCUUCAAGAACUCAUUCCUCGCUGCAACAAGUCAGAUAAAGCUUCAAUGCUUGAUGAAGCUAUUGAGUACAUGAAAUCACUCCAGCUUCAAAUACAGAUGAUGUCAAUGGGAUGCGGUAUGAUGCCAAUGAUGUACACUGGUAUGCAACAGUACAUGCCUCACAUGGCUAUGGGGAUGGGAAUGGGCAUGGAGAUGGGUAUGAACAGGCCUCCUCCUCCUCCUCCUCCUCCUCCAUUCAUGCCAUUCCCAAACAUGUUAGCUUCUCAAAGACCUUUACCUCCACAACCUCGCAUGGGCGGCUACCCUGCUGUUCAGGCUUCUGAUCCAUCAAGAGUGUAUGGAUCAAACCAGCAGUUUGUUCCAAACUCGAACCAGGCUCCGUAUUCUGGUUACAUGGAUCCGUAUCAGCAAUUCCGCAGUCUCCACCCGAGCCAACCACCUCAGUUUCAGAAUCAAGCAGCAUCGUACCCAAGUUCAAGCAGGGUAAGUAGUACCAAGGAAUCCGAGGAUCAGGGAAACCAAACAACAAGUUGAUGAGAUCCUGAGCCAAGAUGAUCUGUUUUCACAAGCAAUACACAAUUUUGAGAGAACUGACAGAGAGAAAGAGUUAACAUGUACAUCGCAGUUUCAUAUAUACAUAUGUAUUAUGAUCUUGUUGUUAAUCUCUCUUCCGGAUUGUAUACUACUUAGAUAUAUGUACAUGUCAAGUCCCAUAAAUUUAGGAAUUUAUACAUACAGGUUGAAGAGGCUUAGUGAAGAGAUUGAAUGAAAGACCCAACGAUGCUGUUAAAUAUUAUGUUCUUUAGGAGAGUUUUUUUUAUAUUUUAUAUUGUUUUACAGUUUUCCUGAUGAUUUUAGAUCUAUUAUUUUGCUUUUAUAAAAUAGGCAACUUCCUUUUGUC